GACGGAAUAUUCCAAUCGCUCAUGUCGAAUCUAAGGUGAUAGUCGGACAAGUAAUUGACAAGAGUCAUAUCGUUUCCUCAGUCCGGCGUUGCAUCCAAGCUUACUCUUCCUCUAUCCGGCGCAGACUCCGCAUGUAAGUCUGUGCGCAGGCCUGUGGCGGCGAUCGAAUCAAUACGCAACGCGAAUGUCAUGGUGGACGCGGCGAUGGUUCAUGUGUAUUGGUGGCCGGAAACUCAUAGUAUGAUGAGGAUCAGAUUUGGUUAUCUUGAAGCCUAUGUACGGGUCUAGAAGGCGCAGAAUGAUACGCAUAGGCUAUCAGCAUAAGGUGAGGCUUGAACCGUUUGGUGAGUGUGCUCGCACCCCAUAAUCGGCUGCCCAGACUACACCAAAUGAAUUUCCCUUCGUGCUUCCUCCUCUUCUCACUCCUUUACUGCCCCACCUCCUUCAAUACCUACAUAGAAACACAUGACCCGCCCAACUUCCCUACCUUGCGAAGGGUUGUUGAAUUUCAUUUUUUUGGGAGGGAGAUAUCAAUGCCUUCGGGGAAGGAAGAAAGUCUUGUUCUGUGGAUGACGUCGCUGGAGUUCGUGGAAGGUGUGGAGGUUAGGGAGAGUAUUGAGAGGAUUGUAGUGGAGGAGGGGCGGGGCAUGAGUACUUGAGUGUACGAAGGGUAUGCAGCGGGAGGCUGGGUUGUUCGCAAGGGAGUAUUGGAGUGGUGCGAAGUUAUGAGGGUAUUGUUUUCUUUUGGGGGGGAGGCCCGAAUCAAAGACUCGGAGUUCUAGCUAUUGCAUUGUGUGAAGCAUUUAUGAUAUGACAUGAGAUGCAGGUCUAUGUUGAAAGUGAUAAGGCAAGAAAUUCAUCAAAAUGCUAAUCGAGACCGUACAUUGGUGUUGUUC